UGUUGUGAUAAACAGGAGCAGCUGUGAGAACAUUUAAGCACAUGUUACAGUGAAAAACCUUCGUUAGCUUACUGACUAAAAACGGCUCAGUAUGACGUUAUUGUCACUGUUAGCUCGCGCAAGUUACGUUCACUGAAAGUGAGUAUCUGGCAGCACCAAAGCCGCCUAGGAACCCCACUAUUUAACCUUCAUUAACUUACUAGCAAAACUGUGAAGGCGAUAUAGUACAAUUUAUAGUUAUUUCUUAAUCAUCAGGGUGUUCUUUUGAAUUCGGUAUAUAUGUCGUUAAAUAAACUGCGCCAGUUUAGCAAAAAUGACACCAUUUAAUACAUAGUUAUGCAUAGUCACUCUAUCCACUUAGUGGUACCUGCAGCUAAAAUUCAGCCACUUUUAACAUAGAAUUCUGUCACUGGCAGAAAUCAUGUAAACAAGGUAACUUAACCACGUUCAAAUGUGUUUGCCAAUUCAGGAGUAAAGUAACACAGUAGGUGCUACAGUUAGGUUAAUCACGUAUUUAAUAACUUGCCGAAGAUAAUGUCAUUUAAUAGGUUUUUGGGUCCCAUAAUGCUGCUACUGCUCAUCCUUAGUAGUUAAUAUCUCAUGCAGGUUAUGAAAAUGACCUAUCUUAACAUUUUCAAGACCUGAUAUAGGUCAUGACCUAAUGUUAGUAUUUUCCUGACCUACAUAUAGAAAUGAGCUGUAAGCAGGUUGAGGCGUUUAAGCUUUUCCCAAUAGCACACAGUGGUGUCAGCUGCUGGGCUUAGCAGGGAUAUUACAGAAUAAGCCUAAACUACAUGAAGAAAUCUGCAUUGUGCAAUAAUGUUCAAUGUAGUGAUGAAGAGAUGCCGUGAUAAAUUCACUGAAGUGUAUCACUGCUACAGUUCCUGUUCUUUCUGCUGUGGUAUGUACACUGCUGACAUAAACCCUAAACAUUGAAUAGCCUCUGCCCACUGAACAAAGAAAUUAACGAUUUCCAACGUGCUUUUACUGAACAAAUUGAACAGAUCCACCAAACUGAUGCCAAAUAAUCAAAGACUACCUAUUGGUUAGCUGAGACUUCCUUUCAUUGGCCACAUGGUGUUAAUACAUUGCCCAAGUAUCCAGUCUCGUUUUGAGGAUAUUGCGCAUUUUUCUGUAGCAGUGAUGAUGAAAAUACAAUUAGUCAUUCAGCACUAUUAUCUGUUUUCAGGAAAAGUGACACAAACUCUAUAAUAGGAAUCACUGUGUUGCUGACUACUGUAGACAUGCUGAGCCUCCCUUAAAGUGAACCUUACAGGCAGCUGUCAUGCUCCGUCAUAGAUAACAGAAAGGUUAGGUCAAUACCGUGCUACAUACUGUAUUUUCCUAAUAAUUGAUCCGGGGAAGGGGUAAAUCAUACUAGACCUGCUGCUUGUUUUAAUGCCUCUCUGAUGUAAUGCAAAAAUAUUAUAGAAUACUCUUGAACACGGUAAGUAAACUUAAUGUAGACUUGAUUACACAUUGUUUGUUCAUGCGUGUUUUGCAGAAUGAUGAUAUAAGUAUCUCUGUGGAAGUGUCUGUACCUCUUGAUUUUAAUGUGGAAAGCAAAGCUGCUGUUUGGCCUGCGGACAUAUCAGUCCACACCAGCACCCCCACUGUUGGAGCACGGCAUUCAUAGGCGUUGGCUCGCUGUGAGUGCGAGUGAGAAUUGAUGUUAUGCAACUGAAACUAUUAGAUAUGAAUGUGGUAAGUCCCGUCUGUUGAUGCUGAGCAAGUCUGGACAGCAGGCGGCCUUGUUACAGAGAAUGCAAGUCACUCUGACAUCUGUUAUGUAGAUGACGCUGUCCUGAGACUGGAGAUCUGUUCCAUACAGGACUUUAUUUAUCAAACUGUAGAGAUUUGAAUUGCUCAUACUUAGUAGGUACUCAGGUUUAAUAGGAAUUUGCUUUGCUUCGUUUUAAUAUGAGCGCUGCAGUAGUAUGAAAUUUGGCCUUCAAAACACAGCUGCAACACUAAUACAUUAGUCACAGUGUUUACUGGUUUAACCCAUUUUCCACAAUGGUAAUCUUAACUCUUUUGCAAGAGCCGAGUAUUUUCAGUCUGUUCCACCUGCCCUGUUGUGCUUCUCUUUUUUUAGCCAUGUUGCAUUACAGUAGGGCUACAGUUGUCAUAUUUUCGUAAUUUCAAUUAUCACAAAUUGUUCCUUAUUUCGUACUAAAGCAACUUUUCAUUUAUAACUGUUGCUGAUUAUUUCUCUUCUGGUUGAUUAACCAGUCGUUGCAGCUCUGCAUUAUAAAGGCAUCACCAUGCUGCAAAUGUCCAUUGUAUGCAUUUGCCAGAUGUGCAGAGAGUAGAUGUGAGGUUUAGCAGAAGUUCAGGUUAGGAUGUUCCAUCCAUCCAUCCAUUAUCUAUACACUGCUUAAUCCUCAUCAGGGUCGUGGGGGGCUGGAGGAUAUACCAGCUGACUUAGGGUGAAGGCGCCCUGGACAGGGCAGGAAAGCCUCCACCUGGACUUCACCUAGAUGUGGUGAAAGGAGACAAGCUAGUGGAGAAGCUGAUAAUUGAUGAAAAGAAGUGUUACCUGUUCGGGAGGAACCCAGAUGUGUGCGACUUCACAAUCGACCAUCAGUCCUGCUCACGUGUCCAUUCAGCCCUGGUUUACCACAAGCACCUGAAGAGAGUCUUCAUCAUAGACCUCAACAGCACACAUGGGACUUUUCUGGGACGAAUCCGUCUGGAACCACACAAGCCCCAACAGGUCCCAUUAGACUCCACCAUGUCAUUUGGGGCAUCCACAAGAGUCUACAUUCUUAGAGAAAAACCCCAGACCCAAGGCAGCGCCGCACCGGGAGAGCUGAAGGCAGGGGAGGAUGAAGAGCUGAAAGGCCUGCUGGGAUUGCCUGAAGAGGAAACUGAACUAGAUAACCUGACCGAGUUCAACACCGCCCACAACAAGCGCCUCUCAACCCUAACCAUCGAGGAGGGCAACCUCGACAUCCCGAGGCCCAUGAGACGGAGGAGGAGUUCUCAUGUGUCCUUCAGUGAUGCAGAGGAAGUCAUUAAUCCAGAGGAUAUUGAUCCCUCUGUUGGACGCUUCAGGAACAUGAUUCAGUCAGCGGUUGUCCCAAUAAAGAAAAAGAAGAUGGAAGAUCAUGGCUCACUGAGCCUGGAGGCUGCUGUACGUAGGAUGCAAAGCCUGCCAGUCAGUGGAAGUCUGUACGGGGACCUUCCUCCCACCAGCCACGAGGGAGCCACCCACCACCACUCUGUGGCCCAGGGAGCUGCAACCGUCCUGGGGGGUUUGCCUCUGCUGCUCCCUAACCUCGCCCCUGAAGUGGAUGUGACGCCCACCGCAGCCGAGCCACCUGUCACCUUGAACGGCACCCCGGCUCCAGGGCCGUACACUGCAGAGCCUUUGAAUGAACCACGCAAAAAGAAAUAUGCCAAAGAGGCCUGGCCUGGGAAGAAGCCUGCCCCGUCACUGCUCAUAUAGAAGACCUCAGGUGACACACAGCCUUCUUCUUCUGGCAGCCACAUUUCAAGUCCACACUGAGCCAUCUCCACAGUAUAAAGUGCUAAUUCGUUUUCCUCUUCAGCUAUCAGUUAUAUAUUUAUUCCACCAUAUUUUCUGCAAGCCAGUCUGAUUUAUAACCCAUAAUUUGCUUUUGUGCUCAUAGUUUGGAUGUAUUGAGCCAGAGUUUCAGCAUUCUAUCCUCUUCUAUCAGAGCACAAUAAAACCACAAGUGAAAAAAACAUCUUAAUGAGAGAGCGAAAAGCUUGCUGGAGCCUGUAGCAGCUGUAGAGAUGUACAGCAAAUACCUUACUGUGCUACUGUGCUGUAAAAACAAAAAAAGACAAUGUAAUGAAGCAAAAGGUUAGUCAAGCAUGGAAGCCCUUUAAAAAGUGGAGUCCUUAUCUAGUGGUGAUGAAUUAAUGUGUCAUAAUAAUGAUAUCUGGAUCUGAUCUUGAGAAACAUCUCUCAUAAUUAGAAGAUAAUGUACAAUAGAAUCCGAGACAGGAACCAACAGCAGCGUUUCCGGAUUCUGGGCUACUUUCCUUCUUUAAUUUGUUGGUAAGAUUGAUUUGGGAGGGCUGUUGUAAGUCUGCUUAUAAGGACUAUGUUUUGUAUCAUUGGUGCAGUUUCCAUGCAGUUUCCACCCUCAAAAUGUUGGGCUGUAUUCUAGGUUUGCAAAACUGUAAGGGAUGCCCCCAAGCAGGGGAAGAGCAAGGAAAAGCCCGGCCACCUCACACAACCAGUAGAGAAGCUUGUUGGAGGGCUGUGCACAGACUCAUAGAUGUGAUGUUAUUUCCUAACCCUAAUUUAAAUUGUGACGUCAAAAAAAUAAGCACAGCUUGGAUCAGUGGAGGGUUUCAUUUAAAUGCUCAUUAUAUGUAAACCCUCAUGAUAAAAGUAAGUGAUCAAAACAAGUACUAUUUGACCUACAGCAGUUUGCCACCAGGUUACCAGUUUCUGUGCUACCUCUGUGUGAGUAACGGUCUCAGCUGUGAGGCAACAUUACUAUGUCUGGUGAAAGAGGCAGCAGCAAGUCAGCAUUCUAAAAACAACCACAUAUUUCACAUUCACUGUGAAAUACACUUUCUGAGGAUAUCACUAUGUCUGAUAGUUGCAAAUAAUCCUAUUCGGAAAUCAUUAAAAAAGGUCCAGAACUUGCUUGAGAAUGAUCAGGUUUUUUCAUUUUCCUCAGUGGUAGUUUCCUGUACAUUAAGUGGUACAGAAAGAAGCAGUUAAUACCUAAUUCAGCCUGCGUAAAUUCAUAAUGUUAAAAAACACUUUUAAAACAUUCCUCUAUAACAUCAAGCUCUCCUACUGUCUCAAACCAGAAAGAAAUAUAGCAUAUUAACAGAGGUAGCUCCAUAACGCUCCAGUCUUAAUAAGGGUGAUUGAUAACCACUUUUCUCAUAAUGUUCAUCUUUUCUCACAAUUUUGAUUUAGUAAGCUACUGGAAGAGUCUGCUUUGCCUGUGAAUGAACUUUUGUGUUACUAAACUACAUGUCCUGUUACCACCAGUAAGCAUUGUGAGAUUAGCUUAUGUGCUCAAAGCAGCAUUAAUUGAUAUUUUCCUUUUUUUUUUGUUUUUACCAGUCAGAUUCACUUGUAGCUCUGUUUUAGUCACCCAUACACUACCGUUUAAAAGUUUGGGGUCACGUAGAAAUGUCCUUAUUCUUGAAAGAAAAGCAUUUUUUCAAUGAAGAUAACAUUAAAUGAAUCACAAAUCCAGUCUAGACAUCGUUAAUGUGGUAAACGACUAUUCUAGCUGGAAACAGCUGAUUUUUAACAGAAUAUCUACAUAGGGGUACAGAGGAACAUAACCAGCAACCAUCACUCCUGUGUUCUUAUGGUACAUUGUGUAAACUGAGGGUGUUGGAAGGCUAAUAGAUGAUUAGAAAACCCUUGUGCAAUUGUGUUGGACAUGUUAUGAGUUUUCAUGGAAAACAUGAAAUUGCCUGCGUGACCCCAAACUUUUGAACGGUAGUGUAGCUCUUAGAUGCUUUGUGGUUGCUCUGAUGAGAGGGCAGUUUGUGGGCUGUAAGAUACACACACACACGCAUACACACACGCACACGCACACGCGCACACACACACACACACACACACACACACACACACACACACACUUUAGUUCUAAUUCUCUGUCCAUUUCCCUCUACAGCCAACCCUUUUCACAUUACACAUAACAUUGAUCCUAUGAAAAUAUUGAUUAUUGCUGCUUUAAUAUUUAGUUUCUAACAUACAAAAUUGAGCAUUUACCGAGAGCCUUCUGUCUUUUUUUCACGUCUAGUAAGAAAUAUAGACAUUACAUGAGCUGUGGACCGUUGUAAUGACUCCAGUCAUGGAUGCUUGGAGAUCCCCAGUAUAAUGAACUACUGUUCUCCUCCUAGAGUGCGCAAAAAAUACUGUUACUGUAAGCGCUGACUUUAAUAAAUUGAUGAACGUAGAAAAGGAAGAAGAAUCCAUAUACACUUAUUCUGUUUUCCUGUUCUUUAAGGCUUACUUAGCCCAACUUUUGAUGCUUUAUCAGUUAUCCUUUUCAAGUUCAAGUGCAACUCUUGGCAUAAAUUUGAUUCUUACAUCUCUUUCUGUCCUCAUAUAUAUUUUCCCAGAUCACCCUUUGUAUGAAUUGUUCUUUGUGUGAAUUAUAUUUGGUCAGUAGCAGAUUUUUACUCUUAAAAAUAGGAUGAAAAUGUCACAAGCCAGGAAAGGAACUGCAAAUAUACCUGUAAUAGACUGUGACAAGGCUAUGAACCGCGGGUGAAGAUUGACUUCAAAGGAACUCAAUAAAGAAACUGGUAUUUGUGACAGUAAAAUCAAUGUUUUUUUCUCUCUUUUUCUAUUUUUAUACCAGAUUCUGGCUUUCUUAGCAAGUGCCAUUGUCAGAUAUUUAUGAAACACUUAGAGUGAGAGGGCUAUAAUUGAUAUGACUGUUAUUAGAAUUCAUCUGUGCUUGAUAUUUGUAUAAUAAACUAUAAUCCAUACCUCUCA